CGCCACAGCACAGGCAGCACAGUCGCGAAUUGACAACAAAAUUACGCGAUAAACAAACCGAAUUUGCUGCCCGCUGUCCAAUAUGAGUGCGUCGGCCAGCACGUCAGCGGCAGCGUCUCAGGACGCCUGCUAUAUAUCGCUUCUUGGCCUAGCGGAAUACUUUCGCACUUCGCAACCGCCAAACAUCAAGAAAUGUAUCCAGUGUCUUCAAGCUCUCUUCACGUUUAUGCCGCCAUCGAAGGUCGAAGCAAGAACGCAUCUGCAGAUGGGUCAAAUACUAAUGGCAUACACCAAGAACAUCGAUCUGGCGCGCCAGCACUUGGAGAAGGCAUGGAGCAUAUCCGAACCGCUGCCCAACUUUGAUGUAAAGUUUGACACCGCCUCGUUGCUCGCCCAAUUGCAUCUGCAAACGGACAUGAACUCACACCAAGCGAAAGCGAUGUUGCGGCGAGCCGUGGAACUAUCGCAGAACAACGUCUAUUGGCACUGUAAACUUUUGCUUCAGUUGGCCCAAAUACACGCCAGCGAUCGUGAAUACUCACUGGCGUCCGACCUGUUGGCUGUGGGCGCGGAAAGUGCCGACGAGGCGAGCGCCACGUACCUGAAAGUGCUGUUCCUUCUGUCACGCGCCAUGAUCCUUAUGAUUGAGCGCAAGACCAACGAUGUGCUCGCUUUGCUUAACUCAGCCGGCCAGAUUAUUGACAACAACAUACCCAAUCCUCACCAGAAAGAAUACCUCAAGGUUUUCUUUCUAGUGCUGCAGGUAUGCUAUUACCUCGCCCUGGGUCAGGUGAAAACUGUGAAGCCCAGUCUCAAACAGCUGCAAAUGUCCAUACAGACGAUAAUGGCGCCAAAUUGGCCAUCGGAUGAAGCGAUUUUCGGAGCAAAUCAACUUGAGAUGUUCGUGUGGUUACCCAAAGAGCAGCUUUACGUUCUGGUCUACUUAGUAACCGUCUCGCAUUCAAUGAUGGCAGGUUACAUGGACAAGGCUCAAAAGUACACGGAAAAGGCGCUUACCCAGAUCGAGAAGCUUAAGCAGCAGGAGGAUAAACCGAUUCUGUCCGUAUUUAAGGUGAUUCUGUUGGAGCAUAUUGUGAUGUGCCGAAUGGUAAUGGGAAACCGAGAACUGGCCAUCCGGGAAAUAGCCGCCGCGAGAGACGUUUGUCUGGCGGCACCUCAACGUAGCCUGCUACGGCGCCACUCCGCCCAGCUGCACUGCCUUAUUGGUCUGUACUCCAUGUCCACCAGUUUCUUUGAGCAUGCAGAGCGGCAGUUUGUAGUGUGCGUAAGUGAGACCACCGAGCGGGACCUGAAGCUUUUUGCCAACCUCAACCUAGCGAUCAUUUACCUCCGCACCAAAAGGGACGCGGACCUAAAGCAAAUUUUGGAUGCAGUGUCUACGGAAAACACACACACGUACAGUAGUCAAGCGCUGAUGGGCGGCUUUUACUACGUCCAGGGCCUGCACGCCUUUCACAAAAACAGCUUCCACGAGGCCAAACGCUUUUUGCGCGAAACACUGAAGAUGGCAAACGCCGAAGACCUGAACCGGCUGACCAGUUGCUCUUUGGUAUUGCUCUCGCACGUCUUCCUUAGCAUCGGAAACUCGAAAGAAAGCAUGAAUAUGGUGACACCGGCCAUGCAACUGGCCAGCAAAAUACCCGAUAUUCACGUGCAGCUUUGGGGAUCGGCAAUUCUCAAGGACCUGCAUCGUAUGUCAAAGGAUGUACAGCACGAAAAGGAUGCUUAUGCCAACCAUGUAAAAUACUCGGAGAACCUGAUUGCUGACCAGCGCAAGUGCGUUCAAAGUGCGCAUCACGAGCUUGUAAAUUGGUUCCAGGGCGAUCCUCCUGUCACGAGCGGUCCGCCUGCCGCCGCCGUCCUGCAUAUGCCCGAGUCCUCCGUCGCAACAUCAGUCGCCGUCAUCGCCUCCACAUCAACAGCCAUGCAGCAGGCGGGGCAGUACAGUCAGUUCUACUAGCAAUGAGAUGAUGAUGCAAUGUACUAUUUAAGCUUUUAUUUUUAUCUACAACAUAGCGACUAAGUUAAGACUAAAGAUGUUCUAAAGUUGUGAAUUUGUCCUAAACUGUGUUCCCAAGGGGGAAGAGUAGACGGAAAAUGGACGAGUUGUACGAUGCGAAACAUAGGGAAAAUAGAUGAUCUUAAAGUA